AUGGCUCCAAAGGCUGUGGCAGAGCCGGAUGAGAUCACCGGACAGAGCGCACUUCCCAUUGCUCGAAUCAAGAAGAUUAUUCAGUUGGACGAGGAUAUCGCACAAUGCUCGAACAAUGCAACCUUUGUCAUCGCAAUGGCUACCGAAAUGUUCAUCCAAUAUCUUGCUGAGCAAGGACACAAUGUGGCCAUAUCUGAGCGGAAGCCACGCAAGACUGUUCAAUACAAAGAUCUCGCUGCGGCGGUAUCACACACAGACAACCUUGAAUUCCUCGCCGAUGUUAUCCCUAAGACUACCACCUACAAACAAUUCAAAGAGAAGAAGGCAAAAGAUGCGGCCAACCAAAGCGUCCUGGAGAAGGGACAGCGUACACUCAAUGGUAGCGGUGCUCCCUCGGCAGCAGCAAAUGGCAUGCCCAAGGGAGAUGCCACCCCACACAGAGACGAGUCAAAGACUACAUCGCCGUCGGUUUCUCGGCCGAUGGUGCCUGUGAGCGCACUGAUUGCAGACCGAACAGUCGAACCCAUGGGGAACCCUGACCAUGAUGUUGAAAUGCGAGAUUGA